AGAGGAGGAGAGAAGAGGAGAUGAAACAGAAAUAUGAGGAGGAACAGAGGAAGAGAGAAGAGGAGCUGAUGGAGAUGUUGAAGAAGCAAAUGAAGGAAGAGGAGCUGGAGAAAGAGGCAGAGGAAUCCAAGCUGCCUGUCAGGAGAAGGAACAGCACUGAAAGAGCUCGUCCCAGCUUUUCUGGAGGUGAAGGAGAGGCUCCCCUUGCAGAUAACCAAGCGCCUCCCAGCCCCCCUGAGCUGAGGAUGGUGCUGCUUGGGAAGACUGGGGCUGGGAAGAGUGCAGCAGGAAACACCAUCCUGGGCAGAGAGGGGUUUAGAUCUGAAGCCAGCUCCUCUGCAGGAACGAGGGAGUGUGAGAAGAGAGAAGGAGAAGUGGCUGGGAGACGUGUUGCUGUUAUUGACACUCCAGAGCUCACCUCUCAGAACAAACUCCCGAUAGGCAGCUGCAUGUCUCUGUCUGCCCCGGGACCCCACGCUUUCCUCCUGGUGAUACCGGUGGGCCGAUUCCCAGAGGAAGAGAGGAGAGCAGUGGAGACAGUCCAGGAGAUAUUCAGUGAGGAGGCUGUGAGGAGCUACACGAUGCUGCUUUUCACACACAGUGACAAACUGAAAGGCAAGACCAUUGAGGAUUAUAUUCAGAGAGGCAGCAAGGAGCUCCAGCAGCUUGUUGAGAAAUGUGGGAACAGGUAUCAUGUUCUCAACACUGAGGACAGGAGCGAUCGCACUCAGGUCACACAGCUCCUGGACAAGAUAGACAACAUGGUGAAGGGAAACAACCCCAGCUACUACACCAGUGAGAUGUACCAGCAAGCAGAAGAGAAGGCUGGAGAAGUGAGGCUAAGGAAGAAGAGAGAAGAGCAGAUUGACAGGGUGGGAUAUGAAAAGAGCAAACUGCUAAAGGAGAGGCCAGAAGAGCUGGAGCUACAACUGGAGCUGAGGAGAGAGAAGGAGAAAUCCAGAGUGCUGGAGCGGGAGCUGAAGAGAGCACAAGAAGGGGAGCAAGAGCUGAAGAAACAGAGGGAGAAAAUGAGAGAGCUGGAGGAGGAGCAGAGGAGAGACAGAGAGAAAAAAGGGGGAGCUGCGGAGAGAAAGAGGGGAGAGCAAAAGAAAACCAAAAAUGACUUUUAA